CCCUCUUGAAAUAUCAAUUCAUCGACUAUUGUUCAAAGCUUCGAUCGUCAGCCAACUAUAUUCAUAUUCAUAUACAUAUAUUCAUUCAGUACACUACAUUUUGAUCUUUAAUUUUUUAUUUUUGUUUCCUUUAUCUGUUUUAUAUCUGUGUUUGCUAACUUGAUCGAUAUGGCUGAGGAACACAAGAGCCAUGAGAGCGAGAUCCCCGUGAAGCCCGAUGCGGUCGCGGAACGUGGGUGGUUUGAUUUCUUGGGAAUGAAAAAGGAAGAGAAGCCUCAAGAGGAGGUACAGGUGUCUGAACCGGAGCACAGUCUCUUACAGACCGAGUUCAAGAAGGCACACGUGUCUGAACCAGAGCCUAAGUUUGACGAGGAGCACAAGGAGGAAGAAAAGAAGCACAGUGACUUAGAGACCGAGUUCAAGAAGGUACACGUGUCUGAACCAGAGUCUCAGUUUGAAGAGGAGCACAAGGAGGAAGAAAAGAAGCACAGUCUCUUAAUGACCGAGCUCGAGGAGAAGGUAGACGUGACUGAACCAGAGCCUAAGAUUGGAGAGGAGCACAAGCAGGAAGAAAAGAAGCAUAGUCUCUUAGAGAAACUCCACCGGUCUGGCAGCACCUCUAGCUCAUCGUCAAGCGAUGAGGAAGUAGAGGAAGGAGGAGAGAAGAAGAAAAAGAAGAAGGGACUGAAGGAGAAGAUAUCACACAAGCUAUCAGGAGAGAAGGAAGAAGAGAAAUUCCAGGAGGGCUCGUAUGUCCCUAUAGUGAAGCAGGAAGAGAAACACCACGAGGACUCAUAUGCCCCUAUAGUGAAGAAAGAAGAGAAACGCCAUGAGGACUCAUAUGCCCCUGACUCGUAUGCCCCUAUAGUGAAGCAAGAAGAGAAACGCCACGACUCCUCGUAUGCCCCUGACUCCUAUGCCCCCCCUAUCGUGAAGCAAGAAGAGGAACGCCACGACUCCUCGUAUGCCCCUGACUCCUAUGCCCCCCCUAUAGUAAAGCAAGAAAAGAAACGCCACGAGGACUCAUAUGCCCCUAUAGUGAAGCAAGAGGACACACCUGUCCCCAAGUAUGAGGACCUUCCUGAGUCAACUCAGCCAGAGGAAAAGAAGGGCCUCCUUGAGAAGAUCAAGGACAAAAUUCCUGGACAUCACAAGAAGGCCGAGGAGUUCGCCGGUGCCCCUGCACCACCGGCGGAGUAUUCCACAACCGAGCCGCCCUACAGCCCCGAGAAGAAGGGCAUUCUCGAGAAGAUCAAAGGGAAGAUUCCUGGAUACCACCCCAAGACUGAGGAAGAGAAGAGGGAAAAGGAAAAGGAGAAGGGGAGUACUGCCUAUUAAGAAGACCAAAACUUUGUUUUGAAUUUUACAGUCAUGAUUGUGCUGUGUGUGGUUUAAGUAAUUAUAUGAUCUUGUUUGGUUUGUGUUUUUUUUUUUUUAUUAUUAUUAUUAUUACAUUUUGUAUAUAUGUAAGUACUUUUAUGUGCUUAUAUAUAAGUUUGUUUAGGGCUGGAGAGUUACAUACCUUGUCCCAUGUCCCUGGUUUUAUUUUUGAGUUGCACAAUAAUUAAUGGACUGUUUACUUUGAUUUUGUA